AUGAGUAACGCUAUCGAUUCAAAGUCGGCAGGCGGCGACCUUGCAGAGGUUGAGGCGCAUUCCGCCCACCUCGACCACAGCGCCGACCUCGACGAGAAGGCGAAGCCCGCCACGUACAAGGCAGAUGCCAUUGAGGCAGAGACCGCGGAGCAUGACAUGACGGUGCUUGGAGCUUUGAAGCUCUACCCCAUGGCUGCCUUCUGGGCUUUCAUCAUGUCCUCAACAAUUAUCAUGGAGGCUUACUGUGUAUUCCUCAUGGGCGCUUUCGUUGCCAUGGAUCAGUUCAAGAACGAGUACGGCGUCAUAGAUAAAGAUGGCAACAGGUCAAUUGAGGCAUCGUGGCAGUCUGCGCUCCAGAUGGGCGGUCCUCUUGGUGCAAUCAUUGGCGUCUGCAUCGCCGGGCCCAUCACCAGCCGCAUCGGAUACCGCUGGGCCACCAUUCUCGGCCUUAUGUUAUUGAACGCAUUCAUAUUCGUCUUCUACUUUGCCAAUUCGCUGGCCGUCAUGUUUGUCGCCCAGCUUCUGGAGGGCGUGCCAUGGGGCAUCUUCAUCGCAAACGCACCGGGAUACUGUAGCGAGAUCGUGCCGAUCAAGUUGAGAGCUCCUGCUACACAGAUGUUGCAGAUGUUCUGGGCCAUUGGCCAGAUGGUCGUGGGCGGCGUAUGCUACGUAUACCAGGCCAAACUUGACCCCAGUUCGUACAGGGUUCCUAUUGCGCUCCAGUGGAUGUUCGCCACUCCUCUGGCCAUCCUCUUAUACAUAGCUCCUGAGUCGCCUUGGUGGCUGGUUCGAAAGGGUCGCCUCGAAGAGGCCGCAAAGGCGGUCAAACGCCUUGGUCGCGCGUCGGUGCUCACAAACAUUGAAGAGUCCGUUGCCAUGAUGCGCCGAACCAUUGAGCUCGAGAAGUCCGUCAAGGAGCCUAGCUACGUGGAGCUAUUCCAAGGAACUGACCUGUACCGUACCCUCAUUGUGUUUGGCGUAUACGCAGCCCAGAACCUCACGGGUAACCUUAUCGCCAACCAGGCCGUAUACUUCUUCAGACAGGCUGGAAUUGAUUCACAACUUGCCUUCGCCCUUGGCCUCAUCGUCUCCGCUCUGCAAACCGUUUUCGUCAUGCUUUCCUGGAUUCUCACAACAUACCUCGGUCGACGAACCAUCUACGUUUGGGGUUCGUUGAUCAAUGUCUGCUUCCUGCUCGCUCUGGGCGUUGCAGGCUCCGUCGGCAAGUCUACCGCGGCCUCUCUAGCGCAGGCGUCUUUGGGUCUUAUCGUCUCCGUCCUUUUUACCCUGGGACCUGCUCCGGCUUCCUGGGUCAUCAUCGCAGAGACAUCUGCCAUCCGUCUUCGGCCUCUGACGACUGGCCUUGGACGCGGGGCCUACUACAUCGUGAACAUACCUUGCAUCUUCCUCGCAACCUAUAUGCUCAACCCGACGGGCGUGGACCUUGGUGGCAAGUGCGGCUACGUUUGGGCCGCAACUGGUUUUGUCUGCUUCGUAUUGGCAUACUUCUUCUUGCCGGAGAUGAAGGGUCGGUCCUUUCGCGAGAUUGAUAUCAUGUUCAAGCGCAAGAUCCCGGCUCGCAAAUGGAAGAAGACGGUCAUCGACAUCGAGGACGACGAGUAA